GUGUGUUUCCAGUUAAACUCAUCCCAAGCAGAUAAAACUGCAACACUAAGCUCAACAGUCAACACACAUAAAAAUGGCCGCCGCCGCCGGUGCCGGUGCCAUUAACUCCGGCCUACGAUCUCUUCUUCUCAAUACUACCCUCAGACCUUUCACUUCAUCUUUCUUGAGAAAAUUACCACUACCCACAUACCUUUUUCUCCCCAAUACCCCUUCCCACCACAACUUUUCCCAUCGACCCUUUUGCUCUAUCUCACCAUUGACGACAUCCCAAGAAGACAAUUUUAGCAAUCCGAACAGUAAAUCACGACCCAAUGUUUUACACAUUCUUGAAGAAAGGGGGUUAUUGGAAUCAGUGACUAGCGACUCACUUCGCUCCGUUUGUUCCGACCCGAAUUUGGGUCCGUUGAAAGUGUAUUGUGGGUUUGACCCAACUGCUGAAAGCUUACACCUUGGUAAUCUUUUGGGUAUAAUUGUGCUUUCUUGGUUUUUACGUUGUGGGCAUAAUGCUGUGGGGCUUAUUGGAGGUGCUACGGGUCGGAUUGGUGAUCCGUCUGGGAAGAGUUUGGAGCGACCCGAGCUUGAUUUGGUAACUUUGGAGAAGAAUAUAUCUGGGAUUGCUGGUAUUGUUAAGAAGAUUUUGGUUUACUCACCAGGUGUUUGUGAAAAUGCUGGAGAGGUACAAAUUUUGAAUAAUUAUGAUUGGUGGAAAGAUGUAAAUUUUUUGGAUUUUUUGAGGAAUGUGGGGAGGUAUGCUAGAGUUGGGACUAUGAUGUCGAAGGAAAGUGUGAAGAAAAGGUUGGAAAAUGCAGAGCAAGGGAUGAGUUAUGCUGAGUUUACGUAUCAGCUUUUACAAGGUUAUGAUUUUGUGCAUUUGUAUGAAAAGGAAGGUGUCAUUGUGCAAAUUGGUGGUAGUGAUCAAUGGGGUAAUAUCACUGCUGGUACUGAUCUUAUUCGUAGGCUUAUAGGAAAAUCUUCCGAAAAUGGAGCUGUUGUUGGCAAUGUUCCGGUUGUUUUUGGGCUUACUUUUCCAUUGCUUCUCAAGAGUGAUGGUACCAAGUUUGGAAAAUCAGAAGAUGGUGCAAUUUGGCUAUCCGCUUCACUUUUGUCACCGUAUAAGUUCUAUCAAUACUUUUUUACAGUCCCAGAUGAUGAUGUAGUGAGGUUUCUUAAGAUUCUUACCUUUUUGAGCAUUGAAGAGAUUGCAGAGCUGGAGAGGGAUAUGGGAAAACUAGGAUAUGUUCCUAACACAGCUCAACGUAGGCUGGCCGAGGAGGUUACACGGUUUGUUCAUGGACAAGAGGGAUUGGAAGAGGCUCUAAAGGCUACAGAGGCUUUGAAGCCUGGAAAUGCUGAUACCAAAUUGGAUUGGAAAACAAUUGAAGGUAUUGCAGCUGAUGUUCCAUCUUGCUCCAUGAAUCAUGAACAGGUGUUAAACAUACCAAUUUUGGAUCUUUAUGUUUCCAGUGGUUUGCUUGAAAGCAAAUCAGCUGCACGACGAAUGCUUAAGCAAGGGGGACUUUACUUGAACAAUGCCAAAGUUGAUAGCGAGAGUAAGAAGAUUGAGGCAGAUGACAUUGUGGAUGACAAAGUUAUCCUUUUGUCUGCGGGGAAAAAGAACAAGAUGGUUGUUAGAAUAUCCUGAGCUGUUGCUGUUCGUCUAAAUUUCCAUUUGUGUUCGUAUGUAAGGAUGAUUGUGGCUAUUCCCACUGGUUGAAUUUGAGGAGUAGUUGUUUUUGAAUCAUACUUGUAGAUGACAGUUCCAUAUUAGCAUUCUGAGUUGGCGAGAUACACAGUUUUACAUGAUAUGCAUAUGAUAGAACGAGAGGAAGACGGACAAGUGUUGAGAGGAAGUGAGAAGUUCUACAUUACGCAACGGAAAAUUUUUCCUCUUCCCUUGGUAUUUUUAUGUAAUUAUUUUAAAAAUAAUGAUCCAGGAGGGAGACAAACAUGAGUUAUGCAAGCUUUAAGAAUUUCUUUGACUCUUGCAGAAUUUCUUUUAAUUGAAAAAGGUUCUGCUUGUUUUUCUCCUUGGACAGACGUGAUAUCUUAUUGCAAUUAGGAGGACUCCUUAUUUAUGGUUCAACUUAAGUGAUUGCAUCUUUCGCCUCUUUUCUAUUCAAUUUUGCUAUAUAUGUCUCAUUCGACAUGAUUGUAGAAGCUAGUUCUAUCACAGAGAAUCUGCAAUCUUGUUUUAGUUGCAAGCUAGAUGCAAAGUACAAGUGGCUUAGCUAAUACUAUACUGAUCCUGGGAGACACAUAAUAAUUUGUCUGGGCUGACGAGCAGCAUUUGUUGGUUUGGUGAGAUGUGAUUUGAAAUAGACUCUACCUUUAUCAGUUUCUGGAACUGUACCAAAAGUGUAUUUGUUGUGUUCAAUUAUAAACUUGCCUGUCCACUCUCCUGUUUAAUCGUUGGAGUAACAUGAAUAAGUUUUUGUUGGUUCGCUGUGCCCUUUGGGUAGGUUGUGUACUUUUCUGAAAAGGGAGAAUUGCAUCAGCUUAGGUUUGUCUCUUCUGGUGACUAACACAUUAGUUGGAAGUAUUGAAUAUUUAAUGUUGCUAGUAUUGGUGCAAAAGAAGACUAUGAAGAAGAAAAAUGACAUUGAUUAAGAAGAAGAAUAGGAGGAUGACUUCAUCAAAAAGAAUAGAAAGAGGAUGAUGAUCUUGUUCAUUGCUGUUUUGGGAAAAUAAAAAAGGAAUGUUGCUUCUAUCGUUCUUGGUCUAGCCCUUGAUUCUCUAUGAGUUAUAUUGCAAUUGAUAUUUUGAUAUAUGCAAAGACAGAGGUACAUUUGUAUAGAUACUAGCAGGCUACUUUAGAUGAUUGAUAUGCGUAACUUUUUUCAAAUGUAAAGGAGGGGGUGGCCUUUGCGAAUGUUGCUUAUAUAUAGUAUUGUCAAAGGCAAAAAAUCUUUAGAAAACGCUCCAAGUAUAUUGAGGCUUUUGGCGCAAAGUGCAGUUAAAUUGUGGGCUUUAGUAAGAAAAGGCACAGUUAAGAAAAAUAAUUGUAACGCAAGAAAAAAGUAACAAUUCGUUCAUAAUGCUUUCCUUAACAAUUAAUACAUCCCUUUGUUAAUUACAUUUAUUGUUUAGUAUUGCUUGAUUCAAAUGGCAUUUGCGAGAAAUGAGGCACCCCCCUUGGUGUCUUCCCUACACUGGAGCAACAUAAGCAAUGCGAAGCAUCCUCAUUCAGCUUUUUGAGCUUCAGGACUUAAGCACGCCUUAAAUAAGCCUUUGAAGUUUGACCACACUGCUUAUGUCAUUCUUGGUGGUUAGCUCUUGCUGUAUCUCUUAUAAUUCAAUGGCUUCUCUAUUGAGUGUUAUGCUUGAAUUGAUAUAAUAAUCAUGAGUUUUUAUCGAUGUGUUUGACCUACCACGAAGGAAGGGUGUUAGAGGUACUUUGUAGAAACACUAGCAUGCUGAAUGUGUAUCAUUAAACUUAAUAUGCUCAAUGUGGUUACCUUUUUUAAUUUGUGAAGGAAUGAUUCUUGGGCCUUUUUGAUUUCUGAUGUACUUCUCUAUUUGGUAGUAACCUACAUGUGCGUUGAAAGAGAACAUGUAUUUGCUAAGUUUGGCAAUGGGGUAGGGCAGCACUGAGCUGAGGCUAGGCAAAGCAUAAAUAGUGAAGCGAAGAUGAGUUCUUAGGCGAAGGGGAUGGGGUGGUGCUGGUCAAAUACUCAAAUUCAUUUUUAAAAAAUAGUGGGGGAAUUGAUAAAGUUAGCUCUCUCAGUCUUCAAGCCUGAAUGCCAAAGUGAAAACUCAGUUUUGGGAGCCAUUGUUGCUGGCAGGUGUUACCUUCUGCAAAUCCAUUGUCUACAGCUUCCUCAAAGCCAUUCUUGAUGGUAAAACUGCUUCCCUUGGUUUAUCUUUUUUUGCUUCUUUCACUUCUUUCUUUAUUUUUUCGAAUGUUGGUCUAGGUUUAUUCAACUUUUAUUUAACUUAGCUUGACCUUAGUAUAUUUGUAAUGGAAGACAUAUUAUGAUUUCGUAAUAUAGUUUCCCUUUGGUUUUUAGUGUUGUGGAUUGAAUAUGAUUUUGUCUUAGAUGAAUAACUUGUGGGUUUUGGAUAGAUGAAUUACCAUAGCUCAAUUUCAGGAUGUGCAAUAUCAGUUUGAGCAGAGACAAGAUAUUUUAACUUCUUGAAGCAUAAGGUUGAUGAUUGAGUGAACUAUUUUCUAAAAUAUAGGUGAAAGAAGAAAACAUUGAAGAUAAGGAAAAAAUAUGUACCUCCACUAAUUAGAAAGUACCAACCUUAUCUUCUUAUAUAAUUGAAGAAAGACUUGAACUACUGUCAGGCAAUGGUUGACGCAUUCUUCCAUUAUCUUUCCUCUUCCUAGGAUGAAUUUGACGCCUUCCUGUUCCUGCUCACUUGUUCAAUUAUUUUUAUUUUUUGUGAUGGUGGUGUAGAGGCCAGCUUGCACGUAUCUCGACUAUUUAACAGGCACCUGCUACCUCUCGCAGCACAACUUUCGGGUGUGAUUUCAGUUAUUCAUAGAGUUUCGCACUCCACUUUGUUCAAUGAAGAGUGGUCUAUAACAGGUAUUGUUGGUGUUGCUGGUUGUGAUUUAUGGCAGCUGUGGUGCUGCAAGUACGAAAAAUGGUGUGGGGUGGAUAUUGCAGCAGUUUGAUUUGCUUUUGAUUUUGGUGAAGACUGUGGCAUAGCUGCACGAUUUGUUUAGUUUUGCCGCUAGCCUGUUAAUAUGUUGCAAUUUACUGAAGCUGGACAAGUAAGCUCAAAUUGAAGGAUAUGCUUUCAACAUUCAGAAUCUGAAACCAUCCAAUGCUCUAACCUUGCUUCAGACUUCAGAGCUUCUACUUAUGUUGUUUAAUCUGUUAUCAUUUUCUAGUGAUGUUCGCAUUUGUUACUUUAUGAUGAUACAGAAUGCUGGCUGGCUAUUUGAGCUGUAGAGUAUGGUUU